AUGGCGAAACCUUCGAAGAUCAAAGUUAAGACGUAUCUGCCCACCCAGCCGUUCCCACCUAAUGCGGAGAGGAAACCUAUUCGCACCGAGCGCCUAAUUAUCCGCCCGUAUACCGAGGAAGACCUUGAUGGGAUCUAUGCUAUACGUACUCAACCAGAGGUUAUGCACUUCUCGGCGGUCGGUCAGAUUGAUGCCAGCAAGGAUGAGACACGAACAUCAUAUUUGGCCCGCUACCUACCGCCUAACGAUAUCCGGACUUAUAACAACAUACUUUGCCUCGCCUCUACCGGAGAAAUAAUCGGGAUGGGUGGGAUGCCGAAAACCGAUUUAUUUUUUGGAUGGCCCGAGGUUGGUUACAUGCUCAAAAAGGAGUAUUGGGGACAGGGCUAUGCCACAGAAUUCGUAAGGGCAUUUAUAGACCAUUGGUGGACUUUACCACGAUCCGAGGCUGAGAUUGAGGUAGUUGAGGGAUCGGUGGAUAGAUCCGGAGAGGUACCGGAAAUGCUGUCAGCAAUAGCCGAUGAUAAUAACCCGCGUAGUAAACAUGUCCUCGAGAAGGCUGGAUUCCGACAAUUUAUAAGGUGGACUGAGCCUGAUACACGGGUGGGUAUUACAGACGACAUUACUCUUGUUGGUUUCGUACUCGAGUCGCCUGUCCAGGGGGCCAAAGUUUUAUCUUGA